AACUUACAAGCCCCUAAAACAAGGGAUCGUGCAAUGCACAGGUUGCAACAGCCUUUGCAAGGGGGGAAAAACGGGUCUCCGGUUCCUUUGCAACCUCUGCGUACAAAUGCAACGCCCGGACGCCGCAGAGCCUUUUGCAGCGUAGAGGCAGCAUGUUUCAGUUGCUCAUGAUAGUGAAUUUCCUCCAAGCAGCCAGGCUGAAAAGCCUCUGAAAAGCCUCGCUCCGAUGCUGGCUAGGAGGGCGAACAUGAAGAGCAUCACGAGGGUUGUGGUUUACCUGUCCAAAGAGAACAGCUGCCCGCAGCGCGCCAGGUUCCAGCAGAGCAUCGUUGGCCACUUUUGCACAGGCGACGAAGACAGCUGGAUGGUGAACUGCGCUUUGGACCAGCGCCGGUUCCUGAUUUCUGACAGGGAGUUUGCUGGCUCCAACAGGGUCCUUUUGCAGAAAGGAAAAGAUAAAAAAAGAAACCUUCUUCCACAGAGACCGCCUUUCUGCCCCAUCAAACACCUGACUGAGGCGCAAGCUUCUUCCCUCCCUGUGGAGACCCAGGAGCGAGGGGUGGAUGUGGGCGUGGCCAUCCUCCUGCAGUCAGCCAAUCAGAAAGUGUUGCUGACAAGGCGGUCCAAGACUCUGAGCAGCUUCCCCAACAUUUGGGUCCCUCCAGGUGGCCACAUCGAACAGGACGAACAGUUGCUGGAUGCUGGGCUGAGGGAACUGGGGGAAGAGACGGGCCUGUGGCUUGAGGACGGGGAGUUUUCCUGGCGCCCGCUGGCCCUGUGGGAGUCUGUGUACCCUCCCAUGCUGAGCAGAGGCCUGCCAAGGCGUCACCACGUCGUCGUCUACCUCCUUUUGCUUUCCCGCGAGAGUCACCAGCAGCUCCAGGUGAGACUGAAGCCCAAUGAAGCAGAAGUGAGCGCUUACGCUUGGCUGGACGAGCCGGUCUUGGCAUCCAUUGCUGCUACGCAGAAUGAGAUUGGGGCCACCAGUGCGAUGGCAGGCGAUCUCCCACCAGCUGUCAGCAUCACCGAAGUGCAGCACGGCUCAGCCAAGACAUUGGCCAUCCCCACCACAAUGUUCCUCAGCUCCGUUCCGCUACAGGGGGAAGACGUGGAAAGAGUGAGCACCGGGACAAAGUUUGCCCUGAGGCUCUGGCUGGACACUUUAGCAGUGCAAGCAGAGUGAAAGGAUCAAAACUGAGAAGGAAGAGAAAGAAAGAGGUGACAAGCCACAUGGGGCAUGAUCCGGACUCAGUCACUGGAUUUAAUCCUAGUUUUAUGCUGGCAGCAGUUUGCUCUCUUGAUACCACUAAGGUUAAUCAGGCUUCCCUUUUUUGGGUGGGGGGGGGGGAGGACUGAUCUCAUGGGGAAAUUGUAUUUUCACAUUUUAUUGUUCAGUGACCAAGGAGCAACAAGAGUUUCACUUCUUGCCUGGACUUUCACAGAUGUAGGCACACUCCACAUUAACAGGGGCAGGAAAGCAAAUGAGGGUUUUUAAAAGGUUGGGUGUGUGUGUGUUUUUUUUAGUAGAACAUGUCAUUGUAGAUACUUAAAAGAGGCAGUCCACUGGACAGCAGGGAAGAAAUAAACAAAUGCAAAUGAUAGGGCACAUCUGAAUUUCA